ACUGGAUGUUCGGUAUGUGUGUCGUCGACUGCAGCACCGUGAGUGUGUGAGUGUGAGUGAGGGACUGCGAAUGGGCUAGAGCUCAGUUGCUCGCCUGCUGUUCCAAAAGAAAGCCCUCAGAAGCCACAGCUGUGGAUUGAUCGCCGUUUUUUCGUUGGACCUCGCUGCGUAAUUCUUUCAUCACAGAUCUCGACUGGAUAUGUAUGACAGUUUUGGGAUUGUAUAGGUUUCCCUUGGUUUCUGCCUCUUUGGUCCCUGGUUGAUAUCAGACACCUGCUUUGACCUGGAUAACCGCUGGAGGCACAGCACGUUAUAGGAAACUGUCCCCAGCAUGGAACGCUAACAUCUCUCCCGGGGUCGGUCUCCUUCUGUCCUCAUCCUGGAUGACUUCAUUCCCUUUUGUUUUCGAUCCUCGAUCGGUUUCGCUGGCCUUCUUCAACUUCUGCCUCUCUUAUAUGCUACUCUACUAUUUUAAGUGUCCCUGAUUGCCCUAGAUUCUUCUUCCUCUUUUAUAUUGACGCUCAUGGCACACUAACUUCCCGAGGACAAUGGACAAGUGUGGAUUUACAGAACAAAUAGCCUCUCUGGAUAAAGCUGCUGUGAUGUGAUUACAUGGAAUUUUUCAUGGACCAGUGGCCCGACUGUUGCCAGCCUUUCAUAACCGGAACAUUGUCAUAAACUGUUGGGAUCGGGACUGAUGUCACUUAAAAUACUAGUGUCUUUUUCUUUGAGACUUUUAGAUUUUUGUUAAGUUACACAUUUUGUGUUGGGCUGGACUGAUGAAUAUUUCAUUGCAGUGUAAUCAGUAGCUGUAAAUAACGACUGACGAUUCGAUGACCGUCAAUGUCCAUGCAUCACACUCCAAAUUGCAUUUGCGUCACUCUUUCUCAUUUUGUAAAGCGAAGAAAUCAUUGCAGUGUUAAUAAUGGGGAAGUUCAUGUCAAAAGAGGUUAGAAGGUAAAUGAUUUGCACCGGUUACUACUGUAAACUUCCUGUUCCUUGUGCGUUUAUAUUUCGAGUCCUGCUUUGGGGCUUCAGUAUUUUCCUUGUUUGAACUUCUUUUGUUCUGCAUUGCACUGUUCCGUUGCCACAUUUCUGACGUAUCAGGUUCUGUGGUGAAGGUCUCUUAUCCUCAGUCAAGAGUCUUGGUGGGGUUAUUGAUCUCUUGGACGCUCACUCAUCUCUUCCAGCCAUCGCAGGGGCUUCUUAGCGAUUUUUGCUUGAAGUAGUGUUGGAUUACGCAACCUAGACCGCAAACUUUUGCCUUAAACUGGUUCGGAUAUUACAUCUUUGAAGCGUCGUCCAACCCCUUUGGCAUCUUGACUCUUUGUUUCCUGAACCAGCUUUGCCUCUUCAAAUUAAAAGCAAUCGUGGACUGACUUAACUUGGCCCUUGCAUAAGAAGCCUUGUCAAUUUUUCCGACAGUCAUACCUGCAUUUGAGGCUCAAUUUUACAGGAAUUUCUCCUAAAGAUGUUCAGAUUUCACGGUGGAAACGCUCUGUGAGGUGGAACCUAUGCUGUUCUUGGACUUCAACCAUUUUUUUUGGGGUCAUUUGGUCAAAACUGGAAUCGCGUCUCCUUCAGGACGGAUGGAGAAAAGUGGCUGCAUACCUCUCUGCUGGACCAAAGGGGCUUGCAUUUAUGCCCAUCACCCUUUGCCAAAAUAUGAAAGCCAGUUAGCCCCUGCAGGAACUCCUGAGUCUGGCAUGGCGUCAUCCUCCUACUUGGAGCCAAACCUCAAUCACUCUGCUGGGGGAGGUUGUGGGGUCAAAUCCAGGUCUGGGAUGUCCAGCAAUACCAGUGUUGGAACGAGCGGCUCUGCGGGAGGGCUGGAGCGGCCCCCGGGCUCCAUGGAUCGAGUUCUGAAGAUCUUCCACUACUUCGAGACCAACAGCGAGCCGUGCACCUGGGCGAGUAAUAUCAGACACGGAGAUGCCACCGAUGUCAGGGGCGUCAUCCAGAAGAUAGCAGAGAUUCACAAAUUGCGCUGUGUGUCGUCUCUUGGCCUCCGAUUAACUCACCUGCACACGGAAGCGCGCCAUUGGUUGCAUCCUGAUUUGGGUGUGUCUCAUGUCAGGGAGAAGUAUGAGAAACAGCACCCCCAAGAGGAGUGGAGGUACGAGUUGCGGAUGCGUUAUCUUCCCAAGGGUUACCUCAGUCACUUCUCUGAAGACAAACCUUCUCUCAACUACCUCUACCACCAGGUGAAGAGCGACUACAUGCAUCAUAUAGCUGAUCAGGUGGAUCAAGAUGUUGCUUUGAAGCUUGGCUGUUUGGAAAUCAGGCGGUUCUUCAGAGAGAUGCCGGGCAACGCGCUGGAUAAAAAGUCCAACUAUGAGCUUUUAGAAAAAGACGUUGGUUUAAGGAGAUUCUUCCCCAAAAGUCUACUGGACUCCCUCAAGGCAAAGACUCUUCGAAAGCAGAUUCAACAAACCUUUAAGCAGUUUGCCAACCUCAAUGAUGAACAGAGCAUCCACAAAUUCUUUGAGAUCCUCUUACCAAUCUACCGGUUUGACAAGGAGUGCUUCAAGUGUGCUCUUGGGUCAAGCUGGGUCAUAUCAGUGGAGUUGGCUAUUGGACCAGAGGAAGGAAUUAGCUACCUCACAGAUAAAGGCUCCAUGCCGACGCACUUAGCCAACUUUAACCAGGUCCAAUCCAUCCAGUACUCCUCGUUAGAAGAGAAGGACAGAAAAGGAAUGCUGCAGCUCAAUGUAGCAGGUGCACUUGAGCCUCUUACAGUGACCACAGCUUCGCUGACUACGGCGGAAAACAUGGCCGACCUGAUAGACGGCUACUGUCGACUUGUCUCCUCAGCAACUCACUCUUUUAUUGUCAGAGUGCAGAAAGACGGCGACAGAGCUCUGCCGUCCAUCCCAAAAGUGUCCAAUCAUGAAAGGAGGAUGGAAAAGCGAAUGGAUGGCGUUCGAACCCGAGCUGUUUGUGUGUCAGGUCACACUAGUGGCGAUGAAACGGACGACUAUGCGGAGAUCAUAGAUGAAGAGGACACCUACACAAUGCCUUCAAAAUACUAUGGACUAGAUCAAGCACAGGAUUAUGAGAUUCAGCGGGAUCGCAUUGAGUUGGGACGCUGCAUAGGAGAGGGGCAGUUCGGAGACGUCCACCAAGGAGUGUACAUUAGCCCGGAGAACCCAGCUUUGUCAGUGGCUGUGAAAACGUGUAAAAAUUCAACAUCAGACAGCGUCAGGGAAAAGUUUCUUCAAGAAGCAUUAACCAUGCGGCAGUUUGACCAUCCUCACAUCGUCAAGCUCAUGGGAGUGAUAACGGAGAAUCCUGUCUGGAUUAUCAUGGAGCUCUGCACACUUGGAGAGUUGCGAUCCUUCCUGCAAGUGAGGAAGUACAGUUUAGAUCUUGCAACUCUCAUCCUGUACUCAUAUCAGCUCAGCACGGCGCUGGCUUAUUUGGAGAGCAAACGAUUUGUACACAGGGACAUCGCCGCUCGAAACGUUUUGGUUUCUACUGUCGAUUGUGUGAAGCUGGGGGAUUUUGGUUUGUCACGCUACAUGGAAGACAGCUCUUAUUACAAAGCAUCGAAAGGUAAACUGCCUAUUAAAUGGAUGGCACCGGAGUCAAUCAACUUCAGACGCUUUACCACAGCCAGUGACGUUUGGAUGUUUGGUGUCUGCAUGUGGGAGAUUCUCAUGUAUGGCAUCAAGCCCUUCCAGGGGGUGAAGAACAAUGAUGUCAUUGGCCGGAUAGAGAAUGGCGAGCGUCUGGCAAUGCCCCCACAAUGUCCCCCGACUCUGUACAGCCUGAUGACCAAGUGCUGGUCGUACGACCCCAGCAAAAGGCCGCGCUUCACUGAGCUCAAAUCACAGCUGAGCACUAUAUUGGAAGAGGAGAAGGUGCAACAGAAGGAGAGGAACAGGAUGGAGAUGAGGAGGCAGGUCACAGUUUCAUGGGACUCUGGAGGGUCAGAUGAAGCACCUCCCAAGCCGAGCAGGCCCGGUUACCCAAGUCCCCGCUCCAGUGAAGGAUUCUACCCGGGUCCGCAGCACCCAGGACACUAUCAGAUGGCGGGAUACCCCGGCCCUCACACGCUCCCCUCAGUGCCGAGCGCUCUGUACCCCCCACAGCCUGCCAUGCUGGACACCCACCAUGCACACACCCACCCCCGCCAUCACGUCCACUCCCACACACAGCACCUUCCCCCGCCACACGGGCAGGACAUGGCUCUUUGGGGCUCCGCUAUGGAGGACAGGGCAGUAGACAUGCAGCAGUGUGUAGGCCAGCAGUGCCUUUUAAUGGAGGAACAGCUGAUGAUACAGCAGCAGCAGAUGGAGGAGGAUCAGAGGUGGCUGGAGCAGGAGGAGAGGCUGCUGAAACCGGACACCAGAAGUUCGAGAGGAAGUCUAGACCGAGAAGAAAGUGGAAUCCAGCCACCGGCAGGGAACCAACACAUUUACCAGCCCGUCGGCAAAGCAGAGCACGUGGCUCCUCCGAAGAAGCCCCCUCGUCCCGGAGCCCAGAGCAGCCUGGCCUGUCUGAACGCCAGCGACAGCUACAAUGACGGCGUGAAGCUUCAGCCUCAGGAGAUCAGCCCGCCUCCCACCGCCAACUUGGAUCGCUCCAACGACAAGGUCUACGAGAACGUGACGGGUCUGGUCAAAGCUGUGAUCGAGAUGUCCAGCAAGAUCCAACCAGCUCCUCCGGAGGAAUACGUCCCCAUGGUCAAGGAUGUGGGUUUAGCACUGAGGACGUUGCUGGCCACGGUGGACGAGACCCUCCCGCAGCUCCCCGCCAGCACACACAGAGAGAUCGAGAUGGCACAGAAGCUCCUGAACUCUGACCUCGCUGAGCUGAUUGGAAAGAUGAAGUUAGCCCAACAAUAUGUGAUGACCAGCCUGCAGCAGGACUACAAGAAGCAGAUGCUGACGGCUGCUCACGCGCUCGCCGUGGACGCCAAGAAUCUCCUGGAUGUCAUCGACCAAUCCAGACUCAAGAUGAUGUCCCAGCCCCGCCCACAUUAGCCAGAGGUCAGCAUUGGUCAUUCAUUCAGAGGUCGUCACGAAGCGCUGAAGGAGCCGGACUCGACAACAAUCUGUGAAGUGAAACUGGAUCACGGCUAAUCCUUCCACCACUGUGACAUUUUGGAGGACUGACUCCUGAUCAGGGACUCGGCAGCUUCUCGACAGGAGAGUGACGGGAACAUUCUGCUCAUCUGCAACACCUGGAAUUAAACGAAAGUCACCCCAGACUGUGAUGUCGUCGGCCAUAUCUGCAUGUCAUCGAGUCCCACCCAGGCUCCUGUCCUGUCGGCCCUCCAUCUCAUCAAGUGUUAUUUAUUGUCCUGGAGGAGGGGACAUGUCACGCCACCGAUGGACACUAGUCUUCCCCACAUCUGAUCAAUGUGAAGUCACAAGUCCCAGUUUUCUUCCUGUGGACGGCUGGAGCCGCAGCUCCUCUUCCAUGACCCGGAUGCUGGCAAGAGAGCAGCAGGUGAGCCCGAGCGGCCCGUGCUUCUAUCUGGUGCCACACUCACGUCACGUGCCGACACAAACAGGUGUGUUUCUAAACCCCACCCAGAGCCCGACGGGACCCACUGGUCUCCGUGCCUGUGUGACUGGUACGAGCGGCAGCAUAUUUGCACCAAAAUCCACCUGUGAUUCUUCAAAUCCAAACAUCACCGAGUGUAAAGAAAUCUAUUUUAUCUCUUGGCUGUUGUGUAAAUCUGCUCACGUUGUUUCCCGUGAGCUCCACUGGUGUCUCACUGGUCUGUGUACAGAACUCGUGCUGGUCAACACUGGUUUUAUUUUGUCUCCCGGGCCGAGUCGGCCAUCUUGUCAGAACUGAGGACAAUGAAAUAAAAUAAUUCUGAAAAGAACAAAGGGCGUGGCUCAUUGUCAGUCACCAGAAGUCAUUCGCCUCAGUGUCAUUAUAAACUCUAUACAUUUCUGUGACGUGGCAGCUCCAUAUUUGGCAUUUAGCACGACAAUCUGUUGAUCUUUGGUUCAAUAUCAUGUUAUUUUGACUUCACAUUGUGUUGUGUGAACUCACCACUUUCACCUGAGACUUAAAUAUUUUUGCUUUAGCAUCAAACCUUAAUAUCACAGUCUCUUUUUCUGUGACUUCAUAUGUCAAUAUCUCAUAUGUCAGUAUUUCAACUUAGCAAUGUCAUUUUCUCUGCAUGCUAGCAGUUUUGUGCCUGUGUUCACUAUUAUCAGUUCUGUAUCAAAGUAGUUACAGUUUAUUUAGCAUUCUAAAGAUUAUCUGUUAGAAACAGGAGGAACAUUUUCACGUAUUUACAUAACAUUUUUUUGUAUUGUGCAACAUGAUGAGAGGAUGAGCCGGUUAACACCACUGGUUAAAUACUUAGAGAUCAUAGUUUUGCAGCGCCCCGUGUGAGUUCAGUGCUGUAGCAGCAGCAGGAGAGCCACGGUCAGAACCAGAAGCAGGGAGAAACCAUGUAGCUGCUCGGCUCCGCUGAAGUUGCACAAGUUGAAAGUGUUGCAGCAGUUGACAGAGUUUCCGUUUCCGUUGGCGUCCACGGACGAGGAGGAGGCCGCGGCUUGGCAGGUGGUCAGGCUGGCGCACUGCUUGACGAUGGCCGUCGCCGACCCUGAACGCAGACAAGUUCAGUCGCCAAUUGGUGUCCGUGUUUGAAACAAGCAGCGUACCUAGCGUGUCCACGAUAGUCAUGCAUGUGUCCAGCGGCGGCGUGCACUCCUGAGUGUUGGCGUUACAGGCUUCGUUGGUGGUCGAGGAGCUGCAGACAUAGCACUCCAGUGGCAGCACUGCAACACAGCGGAAGUCACAUGCCUUUAGGAACUGUUGCUGCGCAUUAUCGGACCGAGUAAAAUGUCAUCCUUCGUUUUUAGCUGCGAUUUGGCUUGAAUCGAAGGUUAAACCGGUCCUUAUGUUGGAGGCAGCUCCGUGUAUUCAAAGCUACGGCGGGCCACAUGAAGCGACUUGGCAGCUCCGAUCUGGCCCCCAGGCCGUGGCGUGACAAACAGAUAGGCGGCACCUCCCUGAGACGGUAAACUUGUCCUGCUGGCUUCUUCAAUCACAAACAAUGGUUCUCGUAAAGCUCAAGGUUCGGCCUGUUUGCUUUGUUCUGCUCCCGUCACUCAUCCUUGUUUUGAAACAAGGUGCCAGGCACAACUCUGACUCACAACCUCCCAGAGGGCGCCCCCCUCUGGGGGCUGCACUGAGUCCAGGAUCUCACCAUGGGUCCCAUCAUUUGGAAACUUGAUGCCCCCCCGGCUCAGGGGCAGAAAGAUCAGCCUCCAACACGUCAGCGAAGCACCGGCUUCACUGCAGCGUGAGAUCAGUGCUGAGUCAGCCAAAACUAACUUCUGCAUGUUUACAGACUCUUGAAAUAAUUAAGUUCAGCUCUGCGGCACGGGACAAUUUCCAGCUCUCAAACAUGAACGCAAUUGAAAGACUGACUGUCUUUAUCACGACUGAGUUGUGAAGGAAAUGGGAGGUAAAUACCUGGAGAGACGAGCAGAGCGAGGAGGGCGAGUGUGAGCAGCAUCUCCGAUCACUGGUCUCCACCUGAGUGUGUGUCGGAGAGAGUGAGUUCCCAGUUUGUCACCACGGCAACGGUUCCACCCAUGACAGCUGCCAUCAGGACAUGAAAACGCCUCAUACAUGUGGAGGGCUGGCCCGGCUUCACCACUAAGCUCAAGGUCAUCCAGGAGACGGUGAUGGACAACCCAAGGUCAGAGCUGAGCCCAGGCCCCGGGGGGGAAGAGUGGCAGGCCCUUCCAGCCCCUGAGAGCCACGACAUGACAUGGCCACACCCU